UGCGAUACACGCCUGGAAGGAGGCUUUUGCCGGUCGAAGGACGGGCAGCGGAGAAGUGCUAGUGGAGUUCGCGCACUGCAGUUCGAGUUUACGCCCUUCUGACAAAAGAAACGCGGAAGCCAGUUCCCUUAUCUCCCACUUUUUUUUUUGCGGAUAACGCGCCUCGAGUGCCAAACCGGCGACGGGAUAUCGAGAUGUGAGCCAAGUGGAGCGCAGUGCGCGGGUCCCUAUCGCCCCGUUCGCGAUGUGCUGUAGCAGCAGCGGAGGCGACGGUGUGGUGCUAGCGGCGCGAGCGGUGUGUUUUCAUGCCGACCCUUCGUUCGAUGCGGCCAAGAAACAACGCUACCGUGACGAAUAACGACCAGGAGUGAACGGCGAAGGUCGUCUCGGCAACGUGUUCUGUGGUCGCAGAUACCUCUCCUGGGGCCCAGCUCGGUGCCAUCGCUCGUUGCAGUCGCUCUGGGACGCCGACCGCCGGAGCAGCGUACUCGUAUGGCGAUUUCGGGCCCAGGGUUCUGAGCUCUCCGUGGGUUAGGGUUAGUGCUCUCAGAAGGUUCUUGUCUGCACUUCACCGCUGUUCUUUUUUAUUUUUACUUUUUUUCCCCUUCAUUCCGCGUUCGAGGGCUUGCACUCUGCGUAUAACUGAAGCGAGCUCGGAAACUCGAGUGCGUGCUCAUCAAACGGCUCAUCUUGUGAAACCAGUGCUGCCGUGUCGACUCCCUUCCACACUGUUUUUGCUGCUUUCUGGUGCGAACUUUCGGGAGGGGAGUGCGUGUUGUGCCGGUGUUUUGUUGUGAUCACGUUGUCCACCCGGGUGUGUCUGCUUUGAACACAGCGAUCAGAUCUCGGAUGGGCUCUUCGUUCGACGUCCGCACUUCAGAGACAGCGAACCACCACCCCAAAUGAGUGUGCGGCGAGCACCGAUGCAACCUGUGAAAAUGGAAGUUGAAUGGGAUCCCUGUCAGCUCCGCUUGGAGAGCACAGCACCAUGCCGGCGAGCCAGGAUGCUCCACUGUCGGAGCCACCGUUAAUGCACACCUACCCAAAUAGCUCAGCAGCCAGCAUACUCCAGUCUGUGAAAGAACAGGAGGCCCAGUUUGAGUUGCUCACACGGCAGCUGGAAGCAGAGCGCCAGACGGUUGCCACACAACUCGAAAAAAUCAAACUUAGGGACCGGGACGACGCAGUGAGCGUGUCUAGCGUCUCGGUGAGUGGGUCUGCAGAGGAGCCCCCGUACGCCUGGAGGCCCCCGCCUCCCCAAGUUGGCAACUUUGGAGGUGACGACCGAGAAACGCGGCCCAAGAUGACCGACUCACACCUCAUCAUUAACCGAAAGACGGAAUCCAAAGAGGAAGAGCACCUUGUGCGCACUGAGCUCGUCGAGAAAGUGCAGAGGCGCUACUAUCCUGAUCAAACAACUACAGAGUAUCAUCGCUACAUGCAAGAUGGCAGCUCACCGCAGGUGCAGGAGUCCUACUCGAUGAACUACCACAGCACAACGUCGACCAACGGUCACCAAGUGGGUGAUGGCGAGCACUCGCCAAACUCGUCCAAGCUGGCGGUGCCAGGCGAGAAUUCCCAGCUCGUCAGCCGGACAACGCAGCAGACCAAGACGCAACAGGUCAAGACGGUCACAAAGGUCAUAAAGACGAGGGAAGUCCGUCACGUGGGUCCCGACGGUCAACCACUGGAGUACAAUCCCUACGGAACGCACGGCAUGCCCAUGGCAGGCUCUGACUACGUCACAUAUCCCUACACGGGCACCACUGACAACUCCCAUGGCUAUGGCAGCUACGAUACAGGCGAGCCCCCUAGUCCAGCCAGUCAGGUGGCGCCCCCGCAUGGCGCCUAUCCCCAGGACUACGCCACAUACGGCUCCUAUUUGCGCGACUACGACUACGGUGGCUAUCCUGGACAAGCGCCGACACCUCCUUCGGUCACGUCGGAGUCACCCCUGCCACCCUCGCAUAUGGCUGUGCCCCAGGCCGCAUCGUCUCGAAGUAUGAUGUCACCCCUCAUGGUUGCCCCUGAUGGUUACACCCAUGGACAUUCGGGUUAUGAUGAACUCGACCCUCAGCCUCCGAGGGGUGGCGUGGAGUAUGCACAGGACUGCUACAGGAGUACGCCUUCGCCGGCGCCUCAUCCGGAUCGCUACGGCACCUACGGCUACUUGGGUGCCCCCGGUGCGAGUUCACCCGGUUACAGCCCGGGUUACGAGGGCGCACCCCCGCCGCAGGGAUACCUCGACCGCAGGCCAAGCUAUGACGAACACCAGGCGGGUCCCCCAGGUGGAGCAAGGGGCCCCUAUGGGGCUGCUCCCCCUCGAGCCCUCUUUGAGGAAGAGGAGGAAGAGGCCAGCCCAGCACCCCCACCCCUGGAAGGGCAGCUUCCCCCAAGGCCACCUUACGUGGGACCCCCUCUCGACGGUUCUGACCCCAGAGGUGGCGGGGACGUACGGUGGCGAGACCCCGACCUGCACGAGGUCAUAGAGUUCCUGGGCCACCCCAACAGCGUGGUGCGUGCCAAUGCGGCUGCCUACCUGCAGCACCUCUGUUACAUGGACAAUGGCAUGAAGCAGAAGACGAGAGCUUUGGGAGGCAUCCCACUCUUGAUAGAACUUCUGAACCAAGACUUCCCAGAAAUUCAAAGGAAUGCCUGCGGCGCUCUUAGGAACCUCUCCUAUGGCCGGCAAAACGAUGAAAACAAGCGAGCCAUCCGCAAUGCGGGUGGCAUACCAGCCCUCGUGCGUCUGCUGCGAAAGACACCCGACAAUGAAAUUCGCGAGCUGGUGACUGGGGUCUUGUGGAACCUCUCUUCAUGCGAGGAGCUGAAGAGGCCGAUCAUCGACGAUGCCCUCCAGGUGCUGGUGAACCACGUGAUCAUUCCCUUGUCCGGCUGGGAUCGCAACCGCGACAGGGGCGACCACACGAAGCCUCAGGAGAUCUACUGGACCAUCGUCUUUCGCAAUGCCAACGGAGUCUUGCGAAAUGUGAGCUCCGCUGGUGAAUAUGCGCGGAGGAAGCUUCGAGAGUGCGAGGGCCUGUGCGACGCCCUUCUCCACCUGAUGCGGACGGCGGUGCGCAAGAACGACAUGGACAACAAGAGCGUGGAAAACUGCGUCUGCACGCUGCGUAACCUGUCCUACCGGUUGCAGGAAGUUGAGGACCCUGAGUACGACAAGCACGCACCGGCGCCGACACCAUCGCGUGCCACGGGAGCCGCCAUCAAAGUCGGUGACAGCUUGGGCUGUUUUGGAGCCAAGAAGAAGAAAGAAGCCCUGGAGAAGCAAAAGAAGGAGUCCUCCGGAUCGGCUCUGGCGUCGGCUUCGGCCAGCACGUCUCCACGGCCGCAGUCAGAUCCCCCAUCCGGCAUGGAACUCCUCUGGCAGCCGGAGGUUGUGCAGCCAUAUUUGGCGCUGCUGUCCGAGUGCUCUAAUCCUGAGACGCUAGAGGCAGCAGCGGGUGCCAUCCAGAACCUGGCCGCCUGCUACUGGCAGCCAAGCAUAGACAUCAGGGCAGCUGUGAGAAAAGACCGGGGCCUGCCUGUCUUGGUGGAACUGCUCCGGAUGGAAGUGGACAGGGUAGUCUGUGCAGUGGCCACAGCAUUGCGCAACCUGGCCAUGGAUCAGCGGAACAAGGAGCUGAUCGGCAAAUACGCCAUGAGUGAUCUGGUCCAGAAGCUGCCCAACGGCAACCCGCAGCACGACGUGGGCACCUCCGACGACACCAUCGCGGCUGUGCUUGCUACACUCAACGAAGUGAUUGUGCGCAACAGUGACUUUGCACGCUCACUUUUAGAGGCCGGCGGUGUCACGCGGCUAACCUACAUUACCAAGCAGAAAGGCCGCUUCUCUGCACGUGUCGUCAAGUUCACAUCUCAGCUCCUGUACAACUUGUGGCAGCACGUUGAGCUGCGGGAAGUCUACAAGAACGCCGGCUGGCGCGAGUACCACUUCCUCACGCGGACGCUCGUGGCACGCAACUCCUCGUCGUCGCCGCCGUCGAGCGCCAACAACACGUUGAGCCGGCCAAUCAGCUCACAAGGUGGCACCCGCUACGAGGACCGCACCCUGCCACGUGUGGCCCGAGAGCUUAACAGCGGACAGCCCCCUGUGAACAUGCCAUACAGUCGGUCGGAGGAGCUUCCUCUGAGCGAACUCAGCCAUGGCGGUGGUGGUGGUGCCGCUGAGGGUCAGCCAGGUUCUCCGCAGCCUGCACAGCCGCAGCAGCCGACAAUGCACCGCCCACCUGUUGGUGGCGUCCCGAUUUUCCCACCGGGCCCUCAGCAGCAGCAGCAGCAGCCUAUGAGGUCUCCGCCUGAGCCCGUGUACGCCCAGGUGAACAAGAAGAAGGACCGGUAUCCGAACGAUCAGGGGCCCCAGUACCUCGCGCUUGACAGCCAGGGAUCCCAGCCCGCCGGAGACUCCUGGGUGUGAGAGGCGAUGCUGCGGCCACCGCGAGUCGGCAGCGGCUUCUCUUUUCUUGUUUCACCGUGUUUUGGGACGUUCUCACACGCCAAGGACAACAUGGGAGGAAAAAGGAGGGAGAGCAGAAGAAGAUUGUGCACUAGCCUGAGGAAGCCAGCAGUGUGGUUAUUUUACUUCCUUGACUUUUUUUUUUUUUUUUUAUUUUACUGCUGUGAUUUCUGGUUCGUCUUUUUAACCAUCAAGAAUUAUAUCGAAUUUUAUUUGAACUUCGCACAUGUGUACGCACAGGUCGGGGCAGCCAAGGUCUCCACCGCACCCCCCCCCCUCCCCUGUGUUUUUCAGGGGUGGUGCCCACGUUUGUGUGUAGGAAAGCUCGAAGCCAAAGCCAGUUCCUCAUUUUACUAUCUUGCUUGCCAGCGACAAAUCUGUACCUCUGAAACAGUGUAUUCUUUCUUCUACUUCUAUCACACGUCAAGGUUUUUCACAUUGAGCUGCGCACCAGGAUCUCUUGCAGAGAGAUGCGUGUUCUCCCUCCCUGUUCUGCCUUUUUACGCAGGUAGCAGUUGUCGACAGGAACGAAAAGAAAAGAAGACAAAAGAACGGAUGCCAAGGAGAUGCUCUCUGACUGUGUGCGCGCAGGCGGUGAAGUGGCAUGACACGCCACUCGCCGAACCUGUUAGAGGAGCGGAAAAGAAAAAUGAAGGGCUGAAUUGUGAAAGGGAAACAAGGAAGUCAAGACCAGGUCUCCCAUCUCUAGAAACACUGUUUUCUGCCCCCCACAUGCUGCGUGGGGAGGCAGGAAGUCCUAACGCCAUCGCAUAAGCGGAAACGAGUCGCUGUUCGCAAUCAAGGCAGCUAUCUCCAACGUCAGCCGCGGCGAAAACACAAUGGACGUCUACACGAAAGUAAAAGAAAAAAUAGGCGGUGCAUUCCCUUCUGUUAGUCGAAUAUGAGGGGAAGGGGGGUCAGGGAUGUAUACCAGGGAAAUGGGAAAGGAAUUUUUUUUCCCCAUUGCCAUUUACUACUCCAAACGCUUACUAUACUACGAGUACACUCUAUCAUCAUUACUACACUGUACUACUCCUGAUCCUGCCAGUGCCAACAAGAGUGUUUUAUGCCGUGGCUUGUGGUAAUUUGACUUUUCGUUUAGUUUUGGUGAACCACAUUGUGUGUCUUGACACCUCGUCCCGUCCUGUCCCGUCCCAUCCCAUCCAGUUCUCUCGCUACCCAUUUCUCCGCUUCAGCUUUAGGUUUAACUUUUUUUAAAAGACUUCUCUACCGUGGCAGCUCUCGGUUCUACCGUUUCAGUAAUUGGGUCCUUCCAUCGUUGCACACGCCUGCGCAUGUGUGCAUCUCUCCCUUUCUUCUGAACAUAAACUUCACACGGAAACUUUGCUCAAGUGUCGCAGGGGUAUCUUGCGUUGCAUUUCUUGGGUUGUGCCGCCAAUCGAGGCAGGAUGAAUGGAUGUCGUAGACGAAAAGCGUGCUUGCUUCUCUGUGCCGCUGCUGCAGCGACUCCCGUCGCAAACAAACGACGUCCUGCGGUGCGGGGUUCACAGGGACGAAUGGCUCGGGUAGCAUUGCACCGUGCGUUAAGGCGCGACGCUGCGGGAUGCUGGUGCUGAGUCGCGAAACAAUGCGGCCCUGGUCGACAAGUCAACAAAAAGCUAGCAGAGCAGCCAGUCACUGCAUUUGUCUGGUUGUCGUCGUCUUUUGUGGCCUGGGCUGUGAGGAGCAAAAUAAAACAAACAAGCAAAAAAAAAGUACCACAACUUCCAGAGCCUGCACUCUUUGCCAUUUUUGGAGCCGUUUUUGUCUCCGCCAUUCCAGCAGCUGAGCUUUUUUGAGAAACAGUCCUCUCAAUUUUCCCCCCCUUCCACUUGUUGUUGACGUUGCUUUCCUGUCCUCAUUGCCGCAUAGUACUUGCAUUUGUUUGUUUCAUAGACAGCGCAGAUCUACUUAAGCACCAGUCAUGUGUUGCGCAUUAUACUUGCGUUCUUUGUUGCGGUGCAUUUGGCUAGCGUGCAAACGAGUCUUGUGUCAUUAUGUAGGUAUACUCGUGUUCAUUCUUUGGACAGUAUUUAAAUACUUUAGCAAGUUUUGUUUUGGCAGAAAAGAAUAGUUUUCAUUUAGCUUUUUUUUUAUUUUAUUAUUGACAUUACGAUAGGCACUAUGUUGCCUCGCCAUUCUGCCAGUGUCUCAUGCUGUACAGUUAUAAACCUCACCACUGUUUGCUUGAGAACAAUGGUGCAUUGCUUUAUCUCUGUAUUCAGCCAGUGUGCUUGUCUGUGCAAAGGUUUCACAUUCCAUUCUGAUUUUAGUGAGGUUGCUAAAGGGAGCUUUCUUUUAUCGAUGGAUGAAAUGUAAUUGAGGCAGCCUUUUCUUGAUUCUCGUGAACAUAGGCAACUUUUUAUAAUGACGUAUUGUAACUUUUACAUUAUAUACCUUUUUUUUUUCUUCAAAUGACUAGUGUACAUUUUUGGUUGUGUAAGAUGUAUCUGACAUGAACUGUAACAUCUGAAAUAAAGGUGAUUUUGAGGACCAA